GGAAAACAUUUCGUUCAAAUAUUGACCAUGUCUGAUUUUCAAAACAUUUCUGCUUUAAUGUCGAAAAAGGCUUCAAUGGAAGAUGAAUUAAACACUCUACAUAACGAAUUAAAAAUGGUAAGACUAUCUAUCUACUUUGUAUUUUUCCAAUAAUUUUUUUUUUAGAUAGGAACGAAUUUAACCGAAAAUUUAAUUGACAACGAGGGAUUCCCAAGAUCUGACAUUGACAUUUUAUCAACAAGAAUUGUCAGAAAUAAAAUUAAUUGUUUACAAAAUGAUUACAAGGAUUUAAUGAAAAUCAUUGAAAACAUUCUAUAUGAUUUGCAUUCACAUAAAAAUCAUGAAAUCGCUAAGGAAAUGGAAAAGCUAGAUAACUCUAUUACAAAAGAAGGUUUUCUAAAAAUAUCUUCAGUUGAAAAACAAUCUCCGGCCUUUAUUGCCGGUUUAAAACCAGGAGACGAAAUUUUACAAUUCGGAUCGAUGACAAAAAAUAAUUUUGAUGGUUUAUCAUCUGUGGCUCAAAUUGUUCAGCACAGUAAGAACAAAACUAUUCUUUUGAGAGUUCGGAGUGGAAGUGAGGUUAAAAUUCUGAAGCUAAAACCUAAAGAAUGGACUGGAAUAGGCUUGAUUGGAUGUCAUAUUAUUAUAAAAAAUUAAAAUGACUGACAAAAAUAAAAUUUGUCUAUAUUUUAUCGUUAAAAUAUUUAAUAUUAUCAUGUCUAUAUUCUUUGCAAUAAAUACACAAGUAUAAUAGACAUUUCGAUCUAAAAAAAAAUAGGCUUUAGUUUAAUGGCUUUAAGAAUAUUAAUUAUGUCUUAGUAAUCUAAACUCAAAGAAAGGAUUAUUAAAAUAAAAUAUUAUCAAUAAUCUUAAUAUAAAGUAAAUCAUAAUCGAAAAAAUUACUAAUCCACCACUAAAUUUCUCUUAAAUAUCAAAAAUUCUACAAAAGAGAAACAUGUCUGAAAAAAUCUUCGCAAAAAGAAAAUGUGCAAAAAAUGUAGCAAUAUCUAAUGUCGAUUUUGUGAAACCAAAUGAAUACAACGUUCAUGCUCUACAAAUGCCAGACUACUCAAAGGCUUUUAAAGGAACAGAUUUGGGAGAAGCUCUAUGUUUCGCCAAUCCUCGAGAAAAGAGGCAGCUAGAAGCUUACUCAACCAAAAUUGAUCGUCAAAGGAGACGACGCAAUGUUGUUCUGAAUUUUAAUCAGAGAAUGUUUUUCAUAAAUCAAGUACUUGAAAAAGAACUAACUCUUUGGUCAAAUCCGCCUGUUCAGAAAAAAAAAAUAAAGAAAAAGCCACUGAUGGAAAACUCAAAAAGACCAUUGACUUCAGACACAAUUGAUUCUGUAAAACCACAAAAUAGUAGAAAGAUAUUUCGUGGUCAUACAUUUAGUGACAUAAAAACUCAAGCUUUAGAUGAACAGGCUGACAUUCUGAAAAUAAAUCCGGAUGAGUCAAUUGAAGGAGUGUAUCGGUCGAAAACAUUGCUGGUUCCCGUCAUAGACAAAAUUCCCAAACCCGCUAACGACUGUUUUAAAACAAUGCCUUUGCUUCUACAUCCUGGCUUUUCUGGUUUUGCACCACCUGAAAUAAUCAGCGAACCAAGCGAGAAAAUGAGUGACACAAACGAAGUGUCCUCUUUACAUACAAUACCUAUUUUUUUAAAUAAAACAAACAGAAGGCUUUCAAAAAUUCGACACGAUAGUAACCUUCUAUUUCCAAAACUACAAAGGCUUGUUGAUGAAUAUCAUGGAAGACUUUCGCCACAACAGCACGAUUUUAGCGCGAAAAAUGAAGGAAGUCCCAUGAAAGAAAAAGCACAUGAGCAUUUAUCGAAAUUUACCCACGCUGAUAAAAUCGAGAAACAACAGCAACAAAUGUUGUCAAAAAGUAAACAACAAUGUGAAGAAGGUGUAAUAGAAAAUGAUCAACGAUGGCAGCAACUUCAAUGUGAAUUAAGUCCACGAAAAAACGAAGUAGGACCAUGGCGAAAAAGAGGACCUCUACAUUGGGAUCGAGUAAAAAACGCUUGA